AUGUACUACCAAGCUCAUCAUCAGUAUCGUCAUCAUUAUCGCCACUAUUUUUACGAUUAUUAUUAUAAAUCGUUGAAAAGAAUAUGGUCAAGACUUUACCAUCACCCCACAUCAAUACGUCGGGCCCCCACAAUAAGAACGAAUCGAAGUUCCGGAGGAUUACUUUUAAAUAAUGGUAAGAUUUUUAAUCCAAAUUCAUCAGCAUCAUCAGGAUCACCUUAUUUUUUCUCGUUGACUGGAAAGACAUUAUGGAAAUAUUUCAAGACUCCAGGAAAUCUAUUAUUUGUAACAACUAAUAUUGUUGCCUUUAUGGGGGUUGUCACUUAUAAUACAAUUAUUAUGGCUGAACAGGAAAGAGCUAUCCAAGAACAAAAUUUAAUUGAAAGUUUCAAUUAUCGGAUUAAUAACAAUAAUAAUACCACGGGUGAUAUUAUGAAACCAAGAGAUGACGGAAUAAUUGAAGUUUCCCCUGAAGAUGAAAUUGAUAAGAUUUUAUCCAAGAAGAAUAAGUCAACAACAUUGAGUACGAACGAGAAAGAAGCAUUAUCAAAAACAAAAUCAAUUGAAAAAGAAGAAGAAGAAGAUACUCCAUUGACAACUUAUAGUGCUGCUUCAGUUAAGUUAGAUAAAAAAGUUCCUUGUAAGGAUUAUAAUUCCGCUGCCAUUGAAAUGUCUUUGUUCCAUAUGUUUUAUGCAUACGAACUCUAUAAAAAUGUCUUGCUUAAAAAGGGCUCUUCAUCAUCUUCUUCUGCUCCUUCGACGGAAGGUAGAUCUGGAAAACCAACCUCAUGGGAGAAAGAAAUCAAAUUACUAAAAAAGAUGUUUUAUAAUGUUGAGAGUACUGAAACUAGCGAGAAUACAGAAAGGAAAGCGAAAAGGUUAUCUCCAAUUAUCGGAUUGUUUUAUCCAUUAUGGCGAAAAGAGUUCCAAGAUAUUGUCACUGAUUUUGAUAAAUUACAAUAUUUUGCUUUACCAAAUUGGGAAAACUAUUCUAAAGAUCUAAGAAGAAUUUGUUACCUUUUACACGAUUCCAAAGAAUCCAUUACAAAACUUGAUACUUUCCAUGAUUUUUAUAAUCAAGUUUAUUCCUUUGAUAUUAAGAAAUUAUUAAGUUUCUGGAUUUAUGAUAAUUACAAAUUAUUAAAAUCGAGAAAUGUUACAUCUAAUUAUAAUGAAUCCUUUUAUCAAACCUUACUGAAAGAUAAUAACUCAGAUCCAUAUACUUUUAUCAAAUAUUCUUCAAUUAUAUUAAACCCAGAAAAUCCACGUAAAGAUUUAUUUUUCCCAAAAAGGUCCAUUGCCUUAACAGAUGGUCAUCGUCAUAAUAAUAACAAUAAAACCGUUUCUGUCCCUACGAUAUCAUUAGAAACAUUCAAAACUGUAUUAAAAGGAUUUAUAUCGUUAUCAAAGAAAGAAGAUAAAAAAUAUUCACAACCAGUGACCGCUUUAUUGAAGAUUUUGAAGACAAAUUGUAUACUUGAUAAUUCAAAAUCUGGGACAAAAGUUAGAAUCUUACUACCGACAAACGAACAACAAGGGAUGGAACAACGAGCGACAAUGAUGCUAGAUCGUUCAGAAGAAAAUGAAAAAUGUUAUCGUAUCUUAAGUAAAGAUGAAGAACUUGUACGAGCGCUGGAUGAUCUUUCCAAAUGGAUUCCAUGA